AUAUAUCGUUGCAACAAUCGCUAGGCAAAAUUGCUCAUAACCCAAAUUGGUUAGUACUAACCUUUUUACUUUCUUUUCUGUGUUAAUCCGAAACUAUAGAAAUUCCAAGAUUUUUGAAACAAAUCUAUCUGAUAAUAAUGGCAAAUGAAACAUCCAAAUCGGACAUUGAUUACACUAUAUUAUUACCGACAUAUAAUGAAAACGAAAAUUUGCCCAUAAUCGUUUGGUUGAUCAUCAAAUAUGUGAAAGAUUAUCGAUACGAGAUUAUCAUCAUCGAUGACAAUUCACCCGAUGGCACAUUGGACGUAGCCAAACAACUUCAGACUAUUUAUGGCGAUGAUAAAAUUGUUUUGAAACCAAGAAAAGCUAAACUAGGACUUGGAACAGCCUAUCUUCAUGGAUUAAAAUUUGCUCGAGGCAAAUUCAUCAUUAUCAUGGAUGCUGAUUUAUCACAUCAUCCCAAAUUCAUUCCAAGAUUCAUUGAAAAACAAAGAGAAACUAACAGUCAUAUUGUCACAGGGACUCGCUACGCCGGUGAUGGUGGUGUAUAUGGCUGGGAUUUUAAACGUAAAUUAAUAUCUCGUGGUGCAAAUUACCUAACACAAGUGUUAUUACGUCCUGGCGUUUCAGAUCUGACCGGCAGUUUUCGUUUAUAUCGCCGAGAAGCAUUGGAAAAAUUAGUUGAAAGUUCUGUUUCAAAGGGUUACGUUUUUCAAAUGGAAAUGAUGGUUCUGGCUAGGAAAUUUGGCUACGAAAUUUCCGAAGUACCAAUUCAAUUUGUUGAUCGUGUUUAUGGACAAUCAAAAAUGGGAAGCAAUGAAAUCAUUCAAUUUGCCAAAGGUUUACUAUAUCUUUUUGCAACUCUAUGAAUAUUAUGUGGCACAGAAAAAUAUUUUUUUCUACAUUCGACAUCAAAUAAAUAAAUAAUGAUUAAAUGAUCAA